AAGCAGUAAAAGCGGUCGCCUCACACAAGCGGCUGCAGCUCGACUAGAGAUCCCGUGGCUUUUAAUUCCCUCGCUACUUUUUUUAAACGCUCAUUCGAUGUGCCCCGUUAUUACCAUUUGUCUGAGGCGUUCAUUUCCGCACCUGCCACGGUAGAGACAAGGCGAAGGCGAAGUAGAAGAGGAGACAAGGACAUUGCGAGAGCCGGGAGAGGCAGACGGCAGAGAUAGCAGCGGUGACUCGUUUGAGAUCUUAAAGGACAAAAUGCUGCUCUGGACCAAAAUCGUUUUGGCCGGUCUCAUCUGCUUGUCCUUGGUGUCCUCUGGGAUGGGAUGCGGACCGGGCAGGGGCUACGGCAGGAGAAGGCACCCGAAGAAGCUGACACCUCUUGCGUACAAGCAGUUCAUCCCCAACGUGGCGGAGAAGACCCUCGGGGCAAGCGGCAGAUACGAAGGCAAGAUCACACGAAACUCCGAGCGAUUUAAAGAACUGACUCCCAAUUAUAACACAGACAUCAUAUUCAAGGAUGAGGAGAACACCGGUGCCGACAGGCUAAUGACUCAGAGAUGUAAAGACAAGCUGAACUCGCUGGCCAUCUCGGUGAUGAACCAGUGGCCCGGGGUGAAGCUGCGGGUCACCGAGGGCUGGGACGAGGACGGACACCACUACGAGGAGUCGCUCCACUACGAGGGCAGGGCCGUGGACAUCACCACGUCGGACAGGGACAAGAGCAAAUACGGCACCCUGUCCAGGCUGGCGGUGGAAGCCGGAUUCGACUGGGUCUAUUAUGAAUCUAAAGCUCACAUCCACUGCUCCGUGAAAGCAGAAAACUCAGUGGCAGCAAAGUCAGGCGGCUGCUUCCCAGGCUCCUCCACCGUCACCCUUCAGGAUGGCACCAAGAAGGCUGUGAAAGCUCUCCAACCCGGUGACAGGGUCCUGGCAGCGGAUGACGACGGAAACCCGAUUUACACCGACUUCAUCAUGUUCAUAGACCAAGACUCGACGACCAGGAGGGUCUUCUACGUCAUCGAAACCGACUCGGGCCAGAAAAUAACCCUCACCGCGGCGCAUCUCAUCUUCGUCGGCGGCGGAGGCGGCGGCAACUCCACAGAUGCAGAGGAGGGGAUGUCGGCGGUUUUCGCCAGCCAAGUCCGGCGCGGGCAAAAAGUGUUCGUGUUCGACGCCGAGCGAGGUCGGCUCGUGCCCGUGACCGUAAAACGGAUUUACACGCAACAACACGAGGGCUCCUUUGCGCCGGUGACCGUGCAAGGGACCGUGGUGGUGGACCAGGUCCUUGCGUCCUGUUACGCAGUGAUCGAAGACCACGACCUGGCGCACUGGGCCCUGGCGCCCGUCAGGCUCGCCCACUGGGUGUCCUCGUUGCUUUUCAGCUCCCAACCUCAAGUCAGUGCACAGAGCGACGGCGUGCACUGGUACUCCAAAAUCCUUUAUCAAUUAGGGACAUGGCUCUUGGACAGCCACUCGAUCCAUCCACUUGGGAUGUCAGUAUACCCGAGUUGAAACCUCAACUACAGGAGCAGAAUGACACUUAAAAUGUAGGACACACGAACUAUUCAGUAGAUUAAAAAAAAGUAAAAAAAUAAAAAAAUAAAAAUAAUAAUAAUAAUUAAAAAACGAACAAACAGAUAAACAAGACAAAGGCCCCAGCGGAGUUGGGAUAUUUAUUUCAGUGACUUUUCCAUGACGUGUCCCCUUUCAAAGAAUGAAUGGAGCCUUAAAAAGUUUCUCUUUGAAUAAUUUAUUCUCAUGUGAACUCUGCUGCUGUCACAUAAAUGGAUUCUGAAACGGUGUGAGCGGCAAAUUGUGCAUAAUCUAUUUUUGUAUAUCUCAAAUGCAAAAAAAAAGAAAGAAAAAUGAAGAAAAAAAAUGAAAAAAAAAAUUACGAAAAAGGAAAAAAUAUCGCAAAGAGACAGAAGACCAUGUAGAACGGAGCUAACUCUGACAGGCUGUAAUGUUCAUAUGUGCAUAUAUGUGCAACUGACUGUUAUAUUUUGGGGAGAACAAACUUCGCGGGGUUCCAUAAAUUAUAUUUUUAUACACAGAAUUGUAAAUUAGAUUUUGACAGAUCGCUACCGAAUCACAUUUCGUUAUUUGAAAUAGUGUAAGAUAUGAGAAUAUAUUUUAAUUUAAAUACAGUAGUUGGGAAAGUAUUGGAAAAAUCUUGUACUGCUUGGUUUAUUAAGAAUUUUAUUAUUUUGUAAAACUGUUCAUUUAAGUUGUCGGAGAGGGGCAGAUAUUCUGUCUCGUGUCUGCAUUCUCUGCUUAUUUUUAUUUUUUUUUUCUUUGUGUGUGUUUCAGUUUUUUUUCUGUUUUCUUCUGAGGAAAAAAAAUAUUAAAUGCAGAUUCUGACAAUUCAGUAACAGUUAAAGUAGUACUGAAACAGUUUGGUUAAAUAAAUUAAUAAGUAACUCCUGUAAAUGUACUAAAAAAUGUUAUUUUUCUUUUCAUAUUUUGUAAUAGGGAAAUAGUUUUAUAGAAAUGACCUGCGGCAGAUGCACAGUUUGGAUAGUCUAUAUAUAGCCAGACCAUACCAGUUAACUUUCAUAACAGGGCGAUGUGUCAAAAAAUGUCUAGAGUUUAUUAUUUAUAUGUUUAUUACAAAAUGAGAUAAAGAAAAUCUUCAAACUUGCAGUUGUUACAUGUCUUUGUCUAAACGAGCUCCACGGUAAACACAAAGAGCAACAUUUAAACGACAAUGUGGACAAAUUAAGCUCUGAAGUCAGUUAAAUAAUGAAUAAAUCGGUGUUAAGAUAACCUUGUAAAAUAGUUUUGGAUUAUAAGUCAUAUAUGAGGGCCGUCUGAACUGUUGGGAGGCAUGGCAAACAAUUUGUCCCUAUUUGGCAGCUCAUUCAAAAUGCAGAAUAUUGCGCUUUGAACUGCCUUUCGCGUGCUCGCGAAAUGUUGAGAGCCCGUGUCAAAUUUAACGAGGUCUGUCCUCUGCAAAUAACUCCCAACUCGCAGACAAAUUAAACAGAAGCCCCGCGUCUGCUUCUUGGUGUCUGCUGGUUUGAGGUCAGAUUGACUGACAGCCCGCUCCCAAAACAGAGACAUAACACUGCAGUCGCGGCUUUGUCAGUGUUUUACAAAUCACUGUAAUCCUCCGGUAUUUUCAUAAGAGACUCGUAGUGCGCGCGCAGCAAUUAAUGGUGAUGUAUUUUUUUUUGUCCUGUGGUAUUAUGCUACACAUCUUUGUCACAUUGAUUACAGCAUCGGUUUCUCCCAGGGCGCUUGGGUGUUAUUUCGUGGCGCAAGUGUGACACCGUGUGGCCGAACGCCGGUACUGCAGCGGCUGUUCAAUACACUUAAUGCAAAUGUGAGUGGUAAAUACUGACUGAAGAAUUUGUUGCACAUGCAAGACAAUGAAAUAAAAAUAAAUUUAAGGGGAGAUUACGACAAAUUAAUAACAAGAAUCUAUCGCGGCUUUACAAACCGCCCCCUCCAUCUCUUAAGACUUAUCAAAGGUAAAAGAGGGCACUGAACCUGAGUUUGUGAACACUGUUGCAACACGAGCAGGAAUUCCAUUUUCUUCUCCCCACAUUGUGUUUUGCUGUUGAUAUUGUGAGGUGGAAACUUCAGGGAGGGACAAAGCAGCCCAUCUCUCCCGGCGCUGUGACCUUGGGUCCCUGUCAGAUACAAAAGCGUCCGUGCAGGGCAGCAUUCCUCAGAGCAGGUAAACAGAGCCUCCUCUAAUCCCUCCGGGGGCCCUCAGUCUGCUGGAGCUCAACAACGGCUUUUACAAAUGUUGACAUUUGCAAACAUGAACAGUCUGGCAUUCUGGAAAACAAAACUCGUUUCUAAGAGAGUGCUGCGCGUGGGAGAGCGAGCGAGUAAGCGAGCUCUCUCCAGGCAGCGCGGCCCGUGACAUGUAGACGGUAAGUUAGGAGAAAAAUAAGCUACAAGAAUCUGGUCCUUAAUUUUUUUUUUACAUUUAUAAUCGCCUCUUGAGUUACUAUUAUUAGACUAAGGGAGAAAAAAGCUCAGUUUUUUAAGACGGGACAGAUAAGAGACAGAUGGACAGCUGGCUAGAUACUGUAGAUAAGACAAUAUGUCAAAAGACUUGGUCAUCACAAAUAUUCACCAUCUCUGUAAAAUACCUAGAAUAAUGUGGUACUAUUUGAAUUAGGACGAAAGAGCCAUUUGCAGCUCUGAAUCUGAUUUCUGUUCCUGAAUGCAAAGUCAUUUCAAAUAUUAUCCAUGUAACAAUCACAAUUAAAUACGUUUCACACCUGCUGGAUUUUUAUACACAAGACAACAACGAAACAGGAAAGUUCAGUUGCUCGGAGAGUUAAACGCGGUAUCGUGAGGUGUCUUUCUGGAUCCUAGAGGACUUUCCCUCAGAUCAAUGGCUGCCAGUCUGGGUGUUAAGGUGGUAAAGGAGUAAGACUUCCCCUGCUUACCACUAAUUACUGUUAUUAUUAUGUAAUUAAGUGAAUCCUUUGAGCUUUUCAGGCUUCAAAUUAAACAACCUGAGAAGUUCGGCAAAAAAAAAAGAAAAAAAAAGAAGAAGAAGAAAUUAGGGGGAACAUACCAUCCAUGACUCAUUUAAAGGCAUCACCACCCAACGUCAAGAGCUCGGACUCGUUACUUUCUGGUGACGUACCUGUAUCUACGAGAGUUUUGAAUCAAACUAAGUUUAAAAUAAAUAAUAAAAACAGAAAAAAUGUUUUGUUGUGCAUCAAAAAGUUUAUUUCUCAUCAGUUUCUGGUAACAAACGUCUAUAAAAAUAUUCACAUUACUCUUUUAAAAAAAUCUUCGGAAACCUCGUAACGUUUACAGCAUCGGAACAAAUAUUGCACAAUGAUUUCAGAGUAACACAAAACAUUUCUUAGUCCAUACAUCAGUGGGAAGAUGCUUUGUCAACGGGCAAAACUCAAGAGGUUGGAUUUUCAGUCAGUAUUCGGUGCACCGUACAGUCGAGGAAACCAGAGUAGUGUCUUUUUUUUUUUGUUUUUUAUAU